AUGUCAUCAUCCAACUCCUCAGGAAGUGAUAGCGAGAAUGAAAACACUGGGGCUCAAAACCUAUUUUCGGGGAGUGGUAGCGAAUCUACGCCUUCUCAUCGCUCCGCUUCGCCUGGAGUAGAUCUUCCACCUGCGGAAAGAUCCGAUGAUGAUGAAGAGUCUGCUGUUGUGCGUCCAACCGGUAGAAGAUUAAUCGAUAGCUCUGAUGAGGAAGGGGAUGAAGAGAACACAGAAAGAAAACCUGAUGCUUCCGCUCUUUUUGGUGAUGAUGUUUCUUCUGACUCUGGAGACGAUGAUGCUCAAGGCGAUGCGCGAAAUGUGAAAAAAUCAGAGAGCGAUAAUGAAAAAAGUGAUGCUAGUCAGGAGAGUAUACACGGAAUACGGCUAUAUCCGGACCCUGAUGACGAGGAACAACCUGAAGAAGAAGCUCCACCUGAAAUUAUUGAGAGUGUUAUUACGAGUUCUAUAUUAUAUUAUCCAGAAAAGCAAUACUAUUGCAAAAUUCCCAAUUUUCUAUCAGUAGAAACUAAGCCUUUUGAUCCCGAUGAGUAUGAAGAGAAUGGAGAAGACGAUACCACUGACAACGAGGGUAAAAGCAGAUUGAAGCUCAAAGUUGAAAAUACCCUAAGAUGGCGAUAUAGUAAAGAUGCCAAUGGCGUUGAAUUGAAGGAAAGUAAUGCCAAAAUGGUGAGAUGGUCGGAUGGAAGUAUGUCUUUACAUCUGGGUAAUGAAAUUUUUGAUGUACAAGAAAUGCCUGUAAAUGCACAUACUCAUCUUUACGUGAAGCACUUAUCAGGAUUAUCAGGAUUAUCCGUUUUUGAGAAAAAAUUACAAUUUCGUCCUCAUUCUACUGAUAGUAAAACCCAUAGGAAGGUUACUCUUAAUAUGGCCGAUCGAACCAGAAAAACAGGUCAAGUUAAGAUGCUCACGGAAGUGGGAGUUAACCCCGAUGAAGCUAAAAGAGAAGCUAUCAAAAGAGAAGAAGAGUCUCUUAGAGCUGCCAUGCGAAAAGAAAAUCAACAGAGAGCAGCACGUAAUAGAGAUCGUAAUAGACCUCUUACAAGUGGUUUCUUGGAAGACACCAUGUACUCAGAUGAUGAGGGCCGUAGAAGAAGUCGUCGCGGAGAUGAUGCUCCUCUCAUUGGUGUGGAUUCAGAUGACAGUGACGAUGGAAGAAGACUGGAUGCUGCGAAAGAUGAUUCCAACUCGGAAGAUGAGAGAAACCAACGAAAAUCCAACACGAAGAAAAAGAUUAUGUCUAGUGAUGAAGAUGAUUCUGAUUGA